AUGGAGGCGAGGAAUGAGAUGGAUAAGAUGAACGAUGAUACAAUGUUACCCGGUUUUAGGUUUCACCCCACGGAUGAGGAGCUUGUUGAUUUUUACCUCAGAAGAAAGAUUCAGCAGAAAUCUCUCCCUAUUGAGCUCAUCAAGCAAGUGGAUAUUUACAAAUAUGAUCCUUGGGAUCUUCCAAAGCUGGCAAGCACUGGGGAGAAAGAGUGGUAUUUCUACUGUCCAAGGGAUCGGAAAUACAGGAACAGUCCGCGGCCAAAUAGAGUGACGAGAGCUGGGUUUUGGAAAGCCACUGGAACAGACAGGCCUAUAUACUCAUCAUCAGAAGGAAAACGCAUCGGCUUGAAGAAAUCUCUUGUGUUCUACAGAGGCAGAGCCGCCAAAGGCGUUAAGACCGAUUGGAUGAUGCAUGAGUUUCGCCUCCCUUCUCCCCCAGAUUCACCUCCUCAGCCCAAAAAGCCCUUUGACAAAACCCUCUCUCCACAGGAUUCAUGGGCGAUUUGUAGGAUAUUCAAGAAAACAAACUCCAUGUCCAUGGCACAGAAAGCUCUAUCUCACACUUGGAUGGCUCAGUUUCCAGAGAGCUUGGUAUCUGAUAUGCUCCUCGCUCAGAGUGCAAACCGGAAUCACUUGAGUUCAGAGAACUUGUCUUGCACCACAGAAAUAGGAUCAGCGUCAGGAAACAGGCAAGAAUUAUACGAUCAGGUGUCUAGUGCUAAUUUCUCCGGUUCAGAUGUUGCCAUCAACAAUAGCACAGUGAUCUUGAAUAAGGCCCCUCAGAUCCCUGUCUCGAACGGUGACGUAGCAGACACCUUCAUGUUCUCCACCUUCGAAUCAUCAGGCCCUUGUGCCUAUGUAGGUUUUGAAGGGCCAAACAAUAUGUUUAGCGGCGUCUCUGUGGUGAAUACGCCUCAUCAAGACGUAGAAGGAGUAAACAUGACUACAUCGACCGUAGCAGAAACUAUUGGGUUUCCCUUCAGCUUGCCUCCAGUUUCAGACGAUGCUUGGAAACCUACUCUCCCAUGGGAAUCACCACCUUGUCCUAGCGACAUGUCUACUAAUAGAUGCUGCACUUGA